CUCCACCCCCUGUUUCCGUCGCGAGCAGAGGCCGCGCGGGUUGGUGAGCGGUGGCCUUGUGCGCGCGCUGGGCGUCAGACAGAGGAAGACCAACGCGGACGCCGCGGGAGUCGGAUCUGAAGGAGUCCUAGUUGCUGUGGGGCCGCCGCAACUGCCGCGAGCCCCAGGACCAACGCCAGGCCGAAGAGGGCGCCGCGCGGCGGAUUUGGCAAGAUGACCCAGUUCCUGCCACCCAACCUUCUAGCUCUCUUUGCCCCCCGUGACCCUAUACCAUACCUGCCACCCCUGGAGAAACUGCCACAUGAAAAGCACCACAAUCAACCUUACUGUGGCAUUGCACCAUACAUCCGAGAAUUUGAGGACCCUCGAGAUGCCCCUCCUCCAACACGUGCUGAAACCCGGGAGGAGCGCAUGGAGCGUAAGAGACGAGAAAAGAUUGAGCGGCGACAGCAGGAAGUAGAGACAGAGCUAAAGAUGUGGGACCCACACAAUGAUCCCAAUGCUCAGGGCGAUGCCUUCAAGACUCUCUUUGUGGCCAGAGUGAACUAUGACACAACAGAAUCCAAGCUUCGGAGAGAAUUUGAAGUGUACGGACCCAUCAAAAGAAUACACAUGGUGUACAGCAAGCGCUCAGGAAAGCCCCGUGGCUACGCCUUCAUUGAGUACGAGCAUGAGCGGGAUAUGCACUCCGCUUACAAACACGCAGAUGGCAAGAAGAUUGAUGGCAGGAGAGUCCUCGUGGAUGUGGAGAGGGGCCGGACUGUGAAGGGCUGGAGGCCCCGGCGGCUGGGAGGCGGCCUUGGUGGUACCAGAAGAGGUGGGGCUGAUGUGAACAUCCGGCAUUCAGGCCGGGAUGAUACAUCCCGCUAUGAUGAGAGGCCUGGCCCCUCCCCGCUUCCACACAGGGACCGGGACCGGGACCGCGAGCGGGAGCGUAGAGAGCGGAGCAGGGAGAGAGACAAAGAGCGGGAAAGGCGACGCUCCCGCUCUCGUGACCGUCGGAGGCGCUCAAGGAGUCGUGACAAGGAUGAGCGUCGUCGAUCCAGGGAGCGGAGUAAGGACAAGGACCGAGACCGGAAGCGGCGAAGCAGUCGGAGCCGGGAACGGGCACGGCGGGAGCGGGAACGCAAGGAGGAGCUGCGUGGUGGUGGUGGUGGUGGUGGUAGUGGUGGCGGCGGCGGCGGCGGCAGUGGCGGCGGCAGUGGCGGCGGUGGUGGUGGCAGUGGUGACAUGGCUGAGCCAUCUGAGCCUGGUGAUGCGCCUCCUGAUGAUGGGCCUCCUGGCGAGCUUGGGCCUGACGGGCCUGAUGGCCCAGAGGAGAAGGGUCGGGAUCGUGACCGGGAACGACGUCGGAGCCACCGGAGUGAGCGGGAACGACGCCGGGACCGGGACCGUGACCGUGAUCGAGAGCACAAGCGGGGAGAGCGGGGUGGUGAGCGGGGCAGGGAUGAGGCCCGAGGUGGGGGUGGGGGUGGCCAGGACAACGGGUUAGAAGGUCUGGGCAAUGACAGCCGUGACAUGUACAUGGAGUCAGAGGGUGGUGAUGGAUACAUGGCUCCGGAGAAUGGGUAUCUCAUGGAGGCGGCACCUGAAUGAAGAGGUCUUGCCAGCUGUUCUAUUUGGACGUGUUUCCACCCAUCCCUCACUGUCAUCCUUUCCCCAUCCUUCCUGGCCACCUCAGUUUGCCCUCCAAGGGCAGGAGUUUCUUUGUUCUGGCCCCUUGGAUUUAAGAAUAAAAUUAAUUUCCUGUUG